UUUUUGCAAGAGAUGUCUGCAGCAUGGCAGAUGACCAUUGAUCGAGAAGUGGGGUUAUUUUCAGAAGAUCCUGUGCAGGUUGACCCAUUGGCUGCAUAUGAAGGAUGUGAACUUGCACCAAAUGGGCCUUUUAUAGCUCCCCAUUCCUUAUGGGUUAAAUUUUUAUCUGAGCGACUUGAAGUUGCAAAAUACUGCAAUAUGAAUGAAGUAGAAAUCUUUGCCAACAUAUUACAUCGUUCUCUACCUGUUGCUGUUGGAAGUUCUCAUCAUAACAGACGUCAUAUAGCAUCCCUGGGCACUCGUUUUAGGCUUCUUGCUUGUGGUUUGUCCUUGUUACAAGGUGAUGUUCUUCCCCGUGCUGUGUGCAAGAAUGUUUUAAGAGAAAGAAUUUACACAGCUGCUUUGGACCAUUUCUGUGGUCCAUCCAUGUGUCCAACUCAGAAAGGAUCAGAAUUAAGAGAUGACAUUACUACGCUGAUCAAGUUUUGGAAUAGUUUACAUUCUGACAAGAAAUAUCUACGAGCAACUAUGAUGGGAGGUAUAAAAUUUUUUUUUCAGGCAGUCGACAUUGAAUUUUUAAUAACUUGGCAUAAUCCAAUGUCUUUGCAAGAUGAUCAUUUUGAUGGAGAAGAUGUCAUAUCAACUUGGCGAUCUCAGCCAAUGACGGAAAAAACUUGGAGAGAUACUGCUCGAUUAGCCUGGGAAAUCUCUCCAAUUCUUGCUGUAUACUUACCCUGCAGGUUCAAGAACUCGGAGGCUUUAACUGAAGAAGUGGCCAGACUAGUUCAGUUGAAUCCUGCAGCAGUCUCACACAUUCCAGAAGCACUGCAAUAUCUGACUACCUCUGAAAGCAUUAUAAAUGAUUCAGCUGAACUGACACAUAUGUUAACAUGGGCUACAGUAUCUCCAGUGAAAGCACUAGCCUAUUUUUCACGGCAGUAUCCACGCCAUCCUGUAACUGCACAAUAUGCUGUGCGUGUUUUAUCAUCUUUUCCCCCUGACGUGAUACUUUUGUACAUUCCACAACUUGUUCAAGCAGUUAGACAUGACAGUAUGGGAUAUGUUACUGAAUUCAUUAAAAGUGCAUGCAAGAAAUCUCAACUAUUAGCCCAUCAGAUUAUAUGGAAUAUGAAAACUAAUAUGUAUUUGGAUGAAGAGGCACAACAACAGGAUCCUGUUAUGUAUGAACCACUGGAGCAUAUCUUGAGCAACAUUAUUGGUUCUCUGUCAGGUCCAGCAAAAUUGUUUUAUGAAAGAGAAUUUGAAUUUUUCAGUAAAAUUACUGCAAUAUCAGGUGAAAUUAGGCCAUAUCCGAAAGGACCUCAACGUAAACAAGCAUGUUUGAAUGCUCUCAGUACGAUAAAGGUUGAACCAGGGUGCUACCUUCCAUCAAAUCCAGAAGCCGUAGUUCUUGAUAUUGACUAUAAAUCUGGAACUCCUAUGCAAAGUGCUGCGAAAGCUCCCUUUUUAGCAAGAUUUAAAGUGCGACAUUGUGGCAUUCACGAAAUGGAAAGCAAAGUGCUAAACAUGUCCAAAAAUGACAAUGAUGUCACUCAAGAAAAAGACGAAGGAAAGGAAUAUUGGCAAGCUGCUAUAUUUAAAGUUGGUGAUGAUGUUAGACAGGACAUGCUUGCUCUUCAAGUAAUUACUCUAUUCCAAAAUAUAUUCAAGCAAGUUGGGCUAGAUUUAUUUUUGUUUCCAUAUAGAGUAGUAGCCACAGCUCCAGGGUGUGGUGUUAUUGAAUGUGUACCAAAUGCAAAAUCAAGAGACACUAGGUCGUCAAACUGACUUGGAUUGUAUGAGUAUUCCUUAAACGCUAUUGUAUAGAUGUCAAAACCAUUCCAAAAGGCUCGCAGAAACUUUAUUAAAAGUAUGGCUGCUUAUAGUGUUAUUGGAUUUUUGCUUCAAAUCAAAGAUAGGCAUAAUGGCAAUAUUAUGGUUGAUACAGAUGGCCAUAUUAUCCAUAUUGAUUUUGGAUUUAUGUUUGAGAGUUCUCCAGGAGGAAAUCUUGGUUUUGAACCUGAUAUUAAACUUACAGAUGAAAUGGUAAUGAUAAUGGGUGGCAAAAUGGAAGCACCACCUUUUCGAUGGUUUAUGGAAUUGUGUGUUCAGGCUUAUUUAGCUGUAAGGCCUUACAGAGAAGCAAUAGUUUCUUUAGUCACUUUGAUGCUUGAUACAGGCUUACCUUGCUUUAGAGGUCAAACAAUCAAACUUUUAAGAUCCCGUUUUGCACCAACUGCAAGUGAGAAAGAAGCAGCAGCAUAUAUGCUGAAAAUUAUCAGAGACUCUUGCUUGAAUUUCCGUACAAAAACGUAUGAUAUGAUCCAGUAUUAUCAAAACCAAAUUCCAUACUGAAAUCAGAAUCAUGUAAUAUUACACUUUAUGUUUGUAUAUUAAUAGUAUAUAAUAUGUUUAUUGUAUUAUAGUUUAAAUAUGUUCCAAUUAAAGUAACUUAAACAUUA